UCGCAAUUCCUACCUGGUAAUACACCAGAGGAUUCACACAGAAGAUAAGCCCUUUGAAUGCCCUAUUUGUGGGAAAAGUUUUAGUCGCAAUUCUUACCUGGUAAUACACCAGAGGAUUCACACAGGAGAAAAACCCUUUGAAUGUCCUAAUUGUGGGAAAUUUUUCAGUCGGAAUUCCUACCUGGUAAUACACCAGAGGAUUCACACAGGAGAGAAACCCUUUGAAUGUCCUGACUGUGGAAAAGGUUUUAGUGAUAAUUCCAGCCUGGUGAAACACCAGAGGACUCACACAGGAGAGAGACACUUUAAAUGUCCUGACUGUAGAAAAGGCUUUGGUCAGAAUUCUGACCUCAUGAGACACCAGAGGACUCACACCAGAGAUUAA